AUGGCUAAGACCUAUGACUAUCUAUUCAAGCUGCUUCUCAUUGGCGAUAGUGGGGUUGGAAAGACUUGCGUGCUGUUUCGGUUUUCUGAUGAUUCGUUCAACAACUCGUUUAUCUCGACAAUAGGAAUCGACUUUAAAAUUCGAACUAUUGAUCUGGAUGGGAAGAAGAUCAAGCUACAGAUUUGGGAUACUGCUGGUCAGGAACGCUUCCGAACAAUCACUACUGCCUAUUAUCGUGGCGCCAUGGGCAUCAUGUUAGUCUAUGAUAUCACUAAUGAGAAGUCCUUUGAUAACAUAAAAAACUGGAUACGAAAUAUCGAGGAGCAUGCAUCUCAAGAUGUGGAGAGGAUGAUUAUCGGGAACAAAUGUGAUGCCGAAGAUAAACGUCAAGUCUCGAGAGAGCGAGGUCAACAGCUAGCGAUUGAGUAUGGUACAAAAUUCAUGGAAACCUCUGCGAAGGCAAAUCUCAAUGUAGAGGAAGCAUUUUUCAGUCUUGCCAGAGAUAUCAAAAGCAAGAUGGAGCGUGGACAACCCCAUGCUGUCUCACAAUCAGGUCGAGUCAAUAUCGGUGGUCAGAGUCAAUCAAAAAAGGGUCUAUUCAGUGGAUGGAGUUGCACUAUUCUUUAG